AUGGCAGUGCAGCAAUGCACGGUGGCGCUAGUGGUGGCCGUCGCCCUCGUGGCAGGGCCAGCCGUCUCGUACGCCGCCGAAGCCGGCAACGCCCCGGCCGGGGCACAGCCCAAGGCCACGACCGAGGAGCAGAAGCUAAUUGAGAAGGCCAACAACGCCUUCAAGGCGGCCGUGGCGGCCGCAGCCGCAGCCCCUCCAGAGGACAAGGGCAAUAUAUUCGUGAAGACCUUCAGACAGAACAAUGGCAACUGGUCUCUCGAGGGGGUCACCGACGCGUCCAGCUCCACCGACAGUCUCAACACCAGGGUCACCUUUGCUAUGAUGAGGGCCUUAUGGGACACCAAGGGCGCUACCCCGGAGGCCAAGUACGACUCCUUCGUGGCUAUCUUCGGCGAGUCGCUCCGCAUCAUCGCCGGCAUCCUCGAGGUGCACGCCGUCAAGCCCGCUGCCGAGGAAGUCAAGGGCCCGAUCCCUGCCGGCGAGCUGAAGGCCAUCGGCCAGAUCGACGCCGCCUUCAGGACUGCAGCCACCGCCGCCGACGCUGCCCCGGCCAAGGACAGGUCCGCCGUCUUCGACUCCGCCUUCGACAAGGCCAUCAAGGAGACCACGGGCGGUGCAUCCGGGGGCUACAAAUACGUCCCCGCCCUCGAGUCCGCGGUCAAGGAGGCCUACGCCCCCACUAAUCCCAAAAACCCUAAGAUCAGGCUUAUGACCUAUGAGACCGCCAUGGUCGAGACCAUCUUCGCCAUGGCUGCCGCCGCCACCGCCGCCGCUCCCACUCCCGCCCCCGCUGCCGGUGGCCACAAAAGCUGA